AUGGGGGACCUACCACAUUUCAGUGAUCAGAUAGGCAGUUUCAGCCUGUCCUCAAUUCACUCAGCCGACCCAGCCUACACCCCUCUUCUCUACCGUCUCCGUGAAGAAACCUUCCAAAACCGCACAACCCAAAUCAGACAUGGCUCUUAUCUCAGACGCUUCACACGAGAUGACUCACUGAACAUCCCUGCUGCCCUCAAAGAAAACUCUGAUAUCGACCUUGACAAGUUUAUGCGCCGAUAUGGUUUAACAGGCUGCGUCGUCGUGCAAGACGAUGCUAUUCGUCUUGAAGAGUAUCGACAUGGAAAUUCAAAGGGUUCUAGGAAUGAUGUACAGUCUUGUACUAAGUCUGUUGUCUCUACAGCGUUGGCCAUUGCUCAGCAGGAAGGGAGAUUAUCCGUCCAUGAUCCUGUGUCUCUUCAUGUCCAAGAGUUGAAGGGCACUGCCUGGGCUGAUGUCCCACUCCUUGCACUAUCAUGCAUGUCCUCAGGAGUCGUUGAACAGUCUGAAGAUGAAAGACCCGCCGAUGUACCAAACCCUAUGUAUGCAACGGAGCUCUAUCCCCAGACCGACCCUGAAGCCGUUCUCAAUUGGCUGAGAACCGCGAGGAAGGUAGCUGAGCCUUGGGAGGAGUUUCACUACUACAAUCCAAACUACUAUGUGCUGUCAACAGCUAUAUCUCGUGCUACUAAAGAGCCCCUUGACGAAUAUAUCUCGCGCACGAUAUGGGAACCUGCGGGUAUGCAGUACGACGGGUAUAUAAGGACCACUGCAGCAGGUCACGUCGAUGGCCACGGCGGUCUAUCUGCCACUUUAGUCGACAUGGCCCGCCUUGGCUGCUUUAUCCUAGAUGGGAUCAAAGAAGAAGGGAAAGGACCGAAUGUACCUCCGGGUUGGUUUAAGGAUAUAUCAAACGCCAAAUUCAGCGUUGGACCUAGAGCCUCUCAUCCAGAUAACUUUGUAUCCAAUCUUGGUUACGAAAGCGGCUGGUGGACGACUGGUAGAGGUGGCAAGGAGUAUCAAAUGGGCGAUGACCGUGCUUUCGCGGCCAUUGGCAUGUACGGCCAGGCUAUUUAUAUAGUACCCGGCUUAAACGCCGUGAUUGCUAUCCAGUCAGGAUAUCCGGAGCAUGAGUUGGAUUUGUUCACUAAGAACGCAGAGCUUGCAACAGAGAUUCUGAAAGUUUUGAGAAAAUAA